AUGUGGUUUGGCGACUAUCCAGACUUUCCUGGCAGAGACUUGGAAACCGGCCAAACGCUUGCCGAAAUCUUAAAAGAACACAAAGAAAAAUUACUUGGCUCAUACUCGAUUAAGAAAUUCGGGAAUAAUCUUCCAUUUCUUCCAAAGAUCCUCUCGAUAGGCAAAGCUCUGCCACUGCAAAUCCAUCCAAAUAAAUCACUUGCGGCUAAACUUCAUGAGAAAGACCCCGAAAAGUUCUCUGACACCAAUCAUAAGCCGGAAAUUGCGGUGGCACUAUCGCAAUUUGAACUAUUUGCUGGCUGGAGGGAUCUGGGCCAGAUUUCUGCCAUAUUCAAUAUCCCAAGUCUGCGGCGUUUCAUACCCGAAGGAUCACACUCUUGGAACGAGGAAACUCUCCGAAGUGUCGUACGCGGGAUAUUGAAAGCAGAUGAACAAACUGUUCAAAACAUUGAAGAGGACCUGAAACGACAAUCUCAGGAGGACAUUGAGAAACUUGGCUACCCGAGCUCCAUGUUUGAGUUGAUUCGGCGCUUGCAAUCUCAAUACUCUGCCACAGACCCAGGCGUACUGAUUGCAAUUCUGUGCAUGAAUUAUCUUAUCUUGGAGCCUGGCGAAGCAAUCUUCAUCCCGGCUGACGGUGUUCAUUGUUACUUAUCCGGAGACAUUGUGGAAUGCAUGGCUCGUUCUAACAAUAUGCUCAGCGGUGGACUUUGUCCCGUUGCAGAUCGAGACAAUAUUGAUCUCUUUUCUGAGACUCUGAAAAUUGAUUCAAGUACUCGCGUGGAUAAUCUCAGAUUGCCAGCAAAUCCAAGCAAGGACGGGGCCAGUGGGCAUACUCUGGUGUAUCAGCCUCCCAUUAGCGAAUUUGACAUGAUUCGAAUUGAGAUGACGGCUGGCACGGAGGAACUCAUUUGGAAUCACAAGGGCCCGACUGUGGCCAUUGCAGUUUCUGGGGAGGGUACCAUUCGAGGGGACGGGAAAGAACUCGCUGUCAAAACGGGAUUCAUUUUCUUCAUUGCGGCAGAAACAGAGACGAUGCUACGGGCUAAGACAGGAAUGCGGAUCUAUGCUGCUGUCAUACGUUAA